CUACCAUUUUUCAAAAUGUGGGGAUGGAGGAGUAUUGGUUUUUGCAUUAUUUUUUGCCUCUCACUAGCCGAUGCUGAUGGGGGUUUCACAGUGUUGACCGACAAAGAGAAACGUUGCAGCUUUCCCUUCCGCUACAACAAUGUCCUAUACAAUGAUUGCCGUUACGAGGGAAGCCCAGGAAGGGCCUGGUGCAGCCUGACGCCUAACUUUGACAAAGACAAAGAGUACGGAUGGUGCGAUGCAACUGUGAGCCCAAAGAUGGAAACCAACGGAGGAACUGCAAAUGGAGCGGUAUGCAGAUUCCCAUUCAUAUAUGACGGAAAGGAAUACAAAUAUUGCCUUCAACAAUCGUCCGUUCCUUGGUGCGCCACGACCAGUAGCUACGACCGAGAUAAGAUAUGGGGCUAUUGUAAUGGCAGAAUGCCAAAAAAAGUUCCUGCAGGGCGGGUCACGGUGAAGACUGACAAAGCGAAACCUUGCAGCUUUCCCUACAUCUACAGUGGCGUCCUGAAUUAUGAUUGCCUUCACGAGGGAAGCCCGGGAAGGGCCUGGUGCAGCCUGACGCCUAACUUUGACAAAGACAAAACGUACGGAUGGUGCGAUGCAACUGCGAGCCCAAAGAUGGAAACCUACGGAGGAAAUGCAAAUGGUAACGUCUGCAGAUUCCCAUUCAUACUUGAUGGAAAGGAAUACAAAUAUUGCGUUGUUCAAUCGUCCGUUCCGUGGUGUGCCACGACCAGUAGCUACGACCGAGAUAAAAUAUGGGGCUAUUGUAAUGGGUACACCCCAGAGAAUCAGUUCAGGCCAUUUAGCCCUAUCCAUGUAGGAGUGCAUAGUUUCGGCGAUGCAGAAGCCGUAGGUUCCAGUACCCGAACUAUGAUUGUCCAAAUCCACAAUAAGUUAAGGAAUGAUGUUAGCCCUACUGCGACGAACAUGCUAAAGAUGUCUUAUGACGUUGAGUUAGAGAAUCUUGCACGGAAAUGGGUCAACCAGUGCAAAGGAGGGCAUCCAGAAGUGUACAAUCUACCAGGGAAAGCAUCAUCGGGGCAAAACGUCUUUUCCUCUACUGCGCUUUCGACUUCAUGGAGGACUGCAAUUAUGUCUUGGUAUAAUGAGACCAAGCAUUUCACUUACGGCACUCACUCGACGUCAGGUGUUACUGGUCAUUAUACACAGGUUGUGUGGGCAGACACUAGCCUUGUUGGGUGUGCCAUGAAGAAAUGUGGCGCGGAAAAACACUACCUGUAUGCCUGCAAUUACGGACCAAGUGGUAACUUCAGUCCAGCUUACAAACCAUACAUAAAGGGAGAUGCAGGCUCGUCAUGCAUGAACCGAGAUUCAACAUAUACAAAUCUAUGCGAUUGCGGUGGUCAAAACAUUUGCCUAAAUAAUGGAGGUGCAGUAGACACGAAAACAUGCACUUGUAACUGUAAAGAAGGGCAAGUGGGUUCACGCUGCGCAAUUGAUUGCGGUGCUUUCAAAGAUGCUUGGUACUGCCCGAGUUCUUACGGAGUUAAAAGUUGUACGAUUUCCAAUGUGCCUUUCGAAUGUCCAAAAAUGUGCGGGGUCUGUCCUUAGAAAGGUGGAAGUUGUUACUGUUGCUUCAUAUCACAGUGUAGGAUAAUGCAACAUCAAUAAGUCAAUGUGCUCUUUUAAUGCUCAUAGCCAGUGUCCGUUCACUCGAUGAAAAUAAAUCUACUAUUACUAUAUGUAAUAAAGAAUUAUGAAUUGAAA